AUGUCAAACACAUUGUCAAAUUCUCUGGCCGAGGCGAAGCUAGUUCCCGGUCCGGCAGCUAGUCUAAUUCCCCAAGGUUUCCAGCCCACCACCAACCUGCGCGUCGCGUUUGACGGGAAGGACGUGGAGUUGGGGAAUCUCUUUCGUGCGAAUGAGUGCAAGCGCUCACCUAGUAUCUUGUUCGAUCAAGAGGCUGAUGCGCCCGGUGAUGCUACAUACAUGCUUCUCCUUGUCGAUCCCGAUGCGCCGACACCCGAUGACCCCAAGUUUGCCUUCUGGAGACACUGGGUUCUUCCCGGCCUGAGGCCUUUGGGAAGCGCAGAUGCUGUUGCCCAAAUUCAACCCGCGCUGACAGAAUACCUGGGACCUGGCCCCAAGGAUGAUUCGAAGCCUCACAGAUACCUACUACUUCUGUACCGCCAGCCUUCCAACCUUGAUCUGACGAAGGAUGAUGUUGGAGGUGAAGAGUUUACACAAAGACGGUCUUUCGAUACCGCCAAGUUUGUUGAGAAGUAUGACUUGCGCCUGGUGGGUGUGAACUGGUUCCUUGGAGCUGGAGAUGGUUGGAAAGAGUAA